CCUGGCUCGCUGCGCUUUCAAGAGGGGCCUCGGGGAUAGAUCCCCGGGUAGUUUGGUUCUCUGACUUUGAUGAUAACUUUGUUCUUACUUUCCUAGUAAUCAGGGUAUCGUCGUAUUCAAGAUGGUCAAGUUCCUCAAGUCCGGCAAGGUCGUCAUCGUCCUCAACGGCCGCUUCGCUGGCCACAAGGCUGUUGUUGUUCGCACUUUCGACGAGGGCCAGAAGAAGUCCAACUUCGGCUCUGCCCUCCUCGUCGGCAUCAACCGCUACCCCAAGAAGGUGACCCGCACCAUGUCCAAGAAGCGCAUUGCCUCUCGCUCCAAGAUCACCCCCUUCGUUAAGGUCAUGAACUACAACCACUUCCUGCCCACCCGCUACAGCUACGACCUCAACGACCUCCCCCGUGUCGAGGUCGACGAGAUCAAGGAUCCUCAGAACCGCGUCACCGUCAAGAAGGGCGUCCGCACUGCUUUCGAGACUCGCUUCAAGUCCGGCAAGAGCAAGUGGUUCUUCACCAAGCUCCGCUUCUAAAUGUCUUGUGUGUGCCCUUUUUGUGGACCCUCGCAAGAGCGCGUCGUCUGACUCCCCCACGGACCGCGUCGUGUCCGUCUGCCCUCCUCCCGUGCUCCUUCUCGCGAAGCAGCGCCCCGGUGAGGCUGGCCUGCGUGUGCGACAACUUUCCCCGGCCGGGGGAGAGCCAUCUCCGUGUUCCUGUGAAUACACAUACUCCGUACAGUUAUCCA